CCCACUCCACCCCACCCCACGCCUUUGCCCCAAUACCGACCAGACCAGUCCAAUCCCAUCCAUCUCUUCACCUCUAAUAUGUGUUGUUUUGUACCUUUCCUUUCUUUCUUCUCUCCAAACUCAUACCCUAUUUUAUCCUCACUCUCUUACUAGCCUUUUCUUCCCUUUCCCCCCAUCUUUUGUAGGUCUUUUCAACUCUUACUACAAUUUCAUAACAUGAACAUUAGACAUAUUUCUUGAUUUGGACACUUCAUAAUUAACUCUCACCCAUCUUCAUCAGCUAGUUUUCUUGAUUAUUCUUUUGGUUCUCCGUCUCUUCUUCGAUCCGUGAUUCCCGGCCUAAAAAAAAUCCUUAAAAAUGUCACUGGACAUGACAUAUUCGUCUUCCUUGGAACGUGUUUGCUGUGUUCACUGCACCUUCUGCAACACAAAUCUCGCGGUUAGCGUUCCAUGCAACAGCAUGAUGACAGUAGUGACAGUAAGGUGUGGACACUGCGCAAAUGUGCUUUCAGUUAAUAUUGGAUCUUCUGUUCAGUUUCUUCCCCUUCAAGAUUUACAGAAGCAGCAGAGACAAGAGUUGAAUAUUGAAGAUGGGAGUAGAGGCUAUGGGUCAUCAUCCUCUUCUACCAAUUGUCACAGAUUUUCUCCCAUUGCCGCAGAUGAUCAACCUAGAAACUCUCCUAUUCGCCCACCGGAGAAAAGACAACGAGUUCCUUCUGCCUACAAUAGAUUUAUCAAGGAGGAGAUCCAAAGGAUAAAGGCAAGCAAUCCUGAUAUUAGCCACCGCGAAGCUUUUAGCACUGCUGCCAAAAAUUGGGCACAUAUCCCUCAUAUCGACUUUGGACCCAAGCUGGAUGGCAACAAGCAAACCAGUAAAUUGGAUCAUGCAGUUGCAGGAGAGGGUCCUCAGAAAUCUAUUGGUCUCUAUUAAUAUGAUCUAUAUUAUGAUCACAAAUACUAUAUACAUAAUAUAAUAUAUGUAUAGGUGAGAUAUAUAAUCUCUCCAAACUAAUAAACUGUUUAGCUCUUUUCAGCAUCAUCCCUUUUAGGGCCUUGGAUUCCUUGUUCCUUUUUUUAAUUAGAACAUGUUGUAAGUAACUAUUUUCUGUGUUUACACCAAUAAUAUACGCUUGUUUAUUACUCCUA